AUGCGUCGUGCACCGGUGACGCGGUUUGCAUCGCACUCGGUCGCUCUAAAGUGCAGAGUUUUGUCCUUGUCAAACUCCAGCUUCAAUAAGGCUCGGCUGUUUUGUGGUCGAAUCAUCUGAGCCGCACAACGCGGAGAACAUUAGUCGAUAGAAUGGAAAGCUGCUUUUAAAAGGUCCCCAUUGGUCUUUAAGAUGCAUUUGGCUAAUGCUCUUCUCAAGUAGCAAUCGCAGGUCCUGGCUAGGCGGGCAUCCAACGGCGCAUUCUGCACGCGGGAUCACUUUCCGGACAGCAAAUCUGUACCAAUCUGCAUGCCUGUGGAGUCAAGAUCGACUGGAGAUUCGAUGCAGGACGCACAUCUGUGCGUGCAAAAUGAAACUAGGUGGAAAUAAAUGACGAGCAAGAAUUUCUUUCACUCAUGCGCUGCUUUCUCAACAUCUUCCAUCGCGGUGUCUCAGUUUCGUAUUGAGCAUUUUAACUCCUGUUCCACAUUGCUUAACAUGCUAUGGCUACAUUGAGCACAGAUAUUUCAACCCUCCCAAGGAGCAGGAGAGGCUCCACGGGACGCCGAGAGUCCAUAUCUGUCGGCCAAGAUGCCAGCAAUUUUCAACUACGCGUGAUCCCAGAGGUUCGUGAGCGACGAGAACGGAGAAAGUUUAUCUUAUGCUUCGACGGGACAGGUAGUACAGACACUUAAUUGUUUUAUGUUCAACUGAAGAAAACACAGGCAACAAAUUCUCAGGGACAGAUGCAGACUCGAAUAUCUUGAAGAUAUAUCGCAUGCUAGAUCGAGACGAUCCGUCCCAAUUCCACUACUACCAGCCUGGUAUUGGCACAUAUGUGCAGUCGGGGUCGCUCUCCCAUUCAUCGAAGUUUGAACGACUCAAGUCUACGUAUCUCAAGGCAAAGGAUUCAGCAAUCGGCACCUCUUUCGAUGAACAUGUUAUGGGAGGCUACAAAUUUCUGAUGCGUUAUUACAAUGUCGGUGAUGACAUUUUUCUCUUUGGCUUCUCAAGAGGAGCGUAUACCGCACGAUUUUUGGCGGAAAUGCUUGACCAUGUUGGACUACUAAGCGCUGGAAACGAGGAAAUGGCUAGAUUUGCCUGGAAAGCAUUUCAACGAUGGCAGCAACGAACCGAAGCCACCGAAAAAGAGAGGCAACAGAAGAAAUUCUUGAUGAAUUACAUGUGCGCUUUCCGUGAAACCUUUUCGCGUCCAGUCAGACGAAUACGCUUUCUUGGCUUGUUUGAUACGGUGAACUCGGUUCCUCAAUUCGAGAAUGCCUGGCUUCAGCGAAGCAAGUUUCCAUAUACAGCACGCAGUACUGCAAAGGUCAUACGUCAUGCUGUGGCUAUUGACGAGCGGAGAGCUAAAUUCCGACAAGAUCUGAUUGGAGAACUUCGGCCUCACAAAAAGCAGAAUCAUUAUCGACGAAGGCAUCAGAAAUGGGACAUGAAGCACGAUGACGAGGAAGUAGCCCCUGACGAGGUGGCUCCCAGAGGACGCAAGCCCUCUGACGAGCAUCAAAAUCACCUUGGACCACCCACCAUUGUUCCACCAAGGUUCAGAGAUCAGUCUGAGACCAGUGGGCUCCGCUCCCUCAGUCCUUCGAUUAACGACGAUGUAGAUCGACAAUCCGCCAUUACUGACCUGUCUCAGGACUCUUUAAAAAUUCUACAUCAUCGACAUAGCGAUUUUGCCGAUGCAGAUUCUGAUGAUGACGAACAAGAUAUUCAGGAAGUAUGGUUCGCAGGUGCGCAUGCAGAUAUUGGCGGUGGAUGGCCGUUGUCACCUGGAGAGGAUACGGCUUUGUCUCACAUUCCCCUCGUUUGGAUGGUUCGUGAAGCUGAAAAAGCCGGUCUGCGCUUCGACCCCAAAAAGUUGCGAGAUUUGAACUGUGCUGAAGACGUCUUUCGCACUCGUCGCAAGUCAAUGGUUAUACCGCAAAUCGAGAUCGAAACGCCUGGGCAAGAUGAUUCUUCUGGUAAAACAACUGAGUAUACGUGCCCCGAGGGUGGCCCGAAGCCUCCCAUAGCCAAUGUCAAUGAACAUGCAGUGAAGUUGGAAGUAACAAAAGAGCAAGGCCAAGCUAUGCCUACUGUGGGUCUUGCACCGCAGAACGAACCAGAUCUCACAGCGGAGGCAGAAAAUGCGCGGGCUUCCCGCUUCCUUUCAGCGCUUAAAUCCGCUGCGAUAAAGGGUCGGAUUCACGAUGUCUUACAAUUCAAUAAUGGCUGCUCUGCUCUUCAGGUGAUAGCUUGGAAUUUCAUGGAAUAUCUUCCUUUCCGUCGAAUGGAUCUGCAACCGGAUGGUAGCUGGAAGUCGAUAAACUGGCCGUUGCCAAAAGGCGAAGUUAGAGACGUACCCGACAAUGUUGUUAUUCAUCAUUCAGUCAUCCAAAGGAUGAAAGCAGAUCCCACGUAUCGACCAGGCAAUCUGAUUAUAGGAGGCGGAGGACGAGGGGUUCGGUUCGCGCCCCCAGAAUAUGGAAUUGGCAAUUGGCGGUUGCUUCGAGAGGAGGGUGAUCCCGUCGGAGAAUGUUGGGUUCGAGAUGGCCCUCCAGGGCUCAAUAUGAACGGCGUCCAUGGGCCUUUGCGGAGACCCUCUUUCAGAGACAGGUCUGUCUUGCUUGACGAACUGCUAAGGGACCUAGAGGACAUAGUCAGACUCUUCUUUAAUGUGAUCUCUCUGAUUAUGGAUUUCUUCUCACGGCGAAUGGCUAGGCAGGACAAAAUGUAAAGAGUCGAUCUAUUUUGCAUAGUUAAAAUCAGCAUGAAUAAAGGCCAUUUUUAGUCAGCAGUAUGCACUCAGUACAUGAAUAUUCAGCAAUGCUAUAGCUUGGAG